CUCUGAUUCCAGCAAAGGGUUUGGCAUUUUUUCGUCUAAUGAAGUUUCUGAUGAUAAAAACCAUAUGGAAAAAUAAACCAAAGCAUUCGAUUUCUAUGGGUCUUGGGUUGGACGAACCAUAUCAACUAGUACUUCAACUCAAAUUUGGGCAAUUUGAUCAAAUAUGUUUGAUAAUUUGAGUAAACAUGGACAUAAGUUCUUAACCCGAAUGAAAGGUUGGGCAAACACGGGUUAGAGUCUAUCUGAGUUGAGCAACAUGAGGAGUUCGUUUUAAACAGGGUUCUAUUAGUUGUUCCUCUGGAUUUAGCAAUAACUCCUAUGAGAGUUUUGCAAGAUCCUCUUCUUGGACCAGAAUGUAGAGCAAUGUUUGAGGAAGGAGAUGUAGAUGAUAGGUUCUUGAUGAUUUUGUUUCUAACAGUGGAGCGUGUCCGCAAGAAUUCUUCUUGGAAGCCGUAUCUUGAUAUGCUUCCGACUACUUUUGGCAAUCCACUAUGGUUUACUGAUGAUGAGCUUUUGGAGCUAAAAGGGACAACAUUGUAUAGAGCAACUGAAUUGCAGAAGAAAAGCUUGCAGUCUUUAUAUGAUGGUAAACUGAAGACUCUGGUGGAGAAAUUGUUAACUCUGGAUGGGGAUUUAGAAAGGGCAUGUGAGUAUUUAUUUCAGCAAGCACAGAGAGAUGUGUGCUUUGAAGAUUUCCUUUGGGCAAAUUCUUUGUUUUGGACCCGUGCUUUAAACAUUCCCCUUCCCUAUUCCUAUGUAUUUCCCCAAAUUCAAGAAAACAAAAAUGAUAGUGCUUCAGAUGGCAAAAAUUCUGAGGUUUCUACUACUCAUAUUUGCAUGGAAGAGUUGGUUAAUGGAAUGGAUGAAAAAGGAUGUCAGGUUGAAGGGGUUGAUAUUCAAGUCAAUGGAGUGACAUCCACAUCAAAACAAAAAGAGACUAUCUGGGUGGAGGGUCUUGUUCCUGGCAUUGACUUUUGCAACCACGAUCUAAAGGCGGCAGCAACGUGGGAAGUUGAUGACACUGGAUCAACAACUGGAAUUCCUUUUUCUAUGUACCUUCUUUCUGCUGUCCAACCUUUGCAGAUUCAGGGAGAAAUUUCUAUAAGUUAUGGUAACAAAGGAAAUGAGGAACUACUUUAUCUCUAUGGUUUCGUCCUUGAUGGUAAUCCAGAUGACUAUCUCAUGGUCCAUUAUCCAAUGGAAGCAAUUCAAAGUGUUCCCUUCUCUGACUCAAAAUCACAGCUUCUUGAAGCACAGAAGGCCGAAAUGAGAUGUCUGUUACCUAGAAGUUUACUGGAUCAUGGCUUUUUCCCAGUAGACAUCUCAAAUAAAGAAGGGGAUGAUAAGUGCAAACUUGACCAUGUUUGUAGCUAUAGUUGGAGUGGUCAGCGCAAGAUGCCAACAUACUUACACAGAUUGGUUUUUCCUGAGAACUUCUUGACAGCCUUGAGGACCAUAGCCAUGCAGGAGGAUGAGCUGUUUCAGGUUUCAUCUCUGCUGGAAGAGCUUGUAAGAUCUGGAGGGGGGAGGCAACCAUCUGAUUCAGAAGUUCGAGCAGCUGUAUGGGAGGCUUGUGGUGAUUCCGGAGCUUUGCAAUUACUCGUUGAUCUUCUUAACGUGAGGUUGACGGAUCUUCUAGAAUCUUCUGGUACAGAGGACAGCGACACCAAUUUGCUUAAAAACGCACAUAUUGUUGAAAGUGCAAACCAGCAUACAGAUGAGAACAGUUUAAGUCAAGAGACAAAUGGCAGUGGCUGUACACAACAAUACAAGUUGAUGAGUAGAAACGUGUGGGCUAGUAUUGUAUAUAGAAGAGGGCAGAAGCAACUCACUCGAUUAUUCCUUAAGGAAGCGGAACACGCCCUGGAAUUAGCCCUCAGCGAGGGCAACUAAUUGUUUGCAUAAAUUCUUGCUUUAUUGCCUACUUGAGCUAGCCUUUGCAGGCAGUGAUGUACAUCACAGAAUAAUGUUAGUGAAGAAGCUGAGUUUUGACUCUUGGUUCUUGUAAUUAUUCUUUCUGGUGCAUUUCUACUCAUCAUGUAUUGAUUUUUUCCGUCUAAUAAGGCACUCAAAUUUUCCUUCCCAA